ACAUCUAAUAAUAAUAUGGCUAUAUACAAUCUAGAAGACAGCGUUCAAGCUUCCAGCCAGGCAUGACCGCUUGUUACGAUCAGUAUAUUCUGCAAAUACCGAUAGCCAUGGUUCCCUUAAGGCAAUCAUAUGCCUCUGGUGACUAACUUAGUAUUCUAGAUAUUGUUUAAACACCCUUACCUUAAAUAUGAAGCUCGGGGCGCGGCAGUACUCCGUCUAGGGAUGGCUAGAAAGGUUCGGCCUAAACAUCGAGACUGACUUCGUGCUCGCGGUCUACCAGCCCCUUAGAAGCACGAUAGAUAUUGGUUGGUUUUAGCACACCAUGAAUUCAAACCCGUCACCUAAAGACAAGGCUACGUCCUCUCCCUCCCCUAUCGCCAUAAUUCGGGGUUUGAUUGGCCUUCUUAUCCCAUUUCUUAGAGAUGCGACCCAGCCUGGCUUGCCAGCGGAUUCAUUGGAACCUCCCGACUACAGAAGAAUCCUCACCAUUGUGCAGGAUCUCGUCCGUACGCUGAUACCGGGAAACCCCCAUUUUACGAUAUUCCACGAUGGCCAGGCCCAAGAUACGUUAGGCGGGGGGCACACUCGUUGUUUUCUGCUACGCGUUCGCGUUCGCCCGAGCGAUACGUGAUUGGAUGCAGACCCUAGCCGCUCUUAUAAAGGAGAAACCACCGUAUGUUACCAUCCUCAUCGCGUAUACUAACGCCGCUCCGGUACAAGACCAAGUGGUUGAAAUAGGAGAAGUCCAGUACCAGAAGUCAGACAGGGGUAUUCCCGACGCUCUUAGAACGUAUAUGGCCGAUUAUGAAGAGGCGAUCCGUUUUCUGUCCUCGUGGUCUGACGUCCCAACCACCGUAGCAUUUCAGUCUGACCUCUUUUCCGACUCCGCCAUGCCGCGGCUGCUUAAUUACUUGAUUCGCCAGCGGACAACCCUCGGUCCUCAGCUCUCUCCGAGCUAUGGCAAGCUUGCACUUCGAGCGGCAUGCCCGGUAUCGGGUUGUGAUCUGGAAGAGAAACACGGCCUGUUGAACGAUUACGAGUGGAGUAGCUCUGGACGCAGUAUUAUCGUGUUCCGCUGCCCAAACCAUGGCCCGCAUACUAUCAGACUCUCUCAUCCUGCGGAAGUUGCUCGUCUCGAAGUAAAUGCACCGACAUACAACCUCCUCCGUAGCAUGAUACACCUAUUUGACACGACCAAGCACCAUAUUCGCGUCACAGGCGCUGACUAUAGCGGGAUGCACCAGGAGACGUUACUGCACCGCCCUCUCGCCGCCUGGUCAGCCGCUACGGGUCUAGCCCGUGGCCGGACGCCACACAUCUUACACGCGCCCUUAAUCGUGGUCUGGAGUGGUACGAAGCUGUCGAAACCGCUCUACGUACGUGAUGGUGCACACGCGUCUCUGAAAUACUCGGGGAUGGAUAGAUUCUGUAGUUACGCGCAGUUGAGAGACCGGUUCGGCGGCAACGGCGACGAAGGGUUGCGUAUAAUUUGGGACAUUUUCAUUGGCAUAUUUGCAAGGAGUCGUUAUGAAGGGCGGGCAGAGAUAGUUGGUAAUGAGUGGCAUUUUAGACGCCUACCUGUAUGUAUCAUGUAUGAAUCAAUGGCAAUGGAUGGGUAUAUCCUUCUAUGCCUACAUGGAAACCUUUUUCACUUUGUCACCCCUGUUGUUACUCUCCCCACCGAUCCUCCUACAAGUUAGAUCCUACAUGUUGCCAGCUCAUCGGGGGCGGGAAUCGUGGCGAUGUGUCUGUAUGAUAGUUAGCCUAGUAGAACAUUAUCUCCCUUUACCUCGAAGUUGGACUUAGUCUUUGGUUCUUAAAGAAGCAGUGAAAACUCUAGGUUAAGAAGUUUUAACCAAGGAUAGGUAUUCUAUAGACGCGCACCGCGUCUUGGUGUGAGUUUGAUGGCUUUUGGGCUGUUACUUAAAUACCUCUC